GCUUCGCCCCGCGGGGCCGCCGAAGUUGAGCGGAGUUGGAGGCCGGCCCCGGCCGCCGGGGGGGCGCGCCGCGGGCCCAGGACGCGCCGCCGCCGCGCAGCCCCCGGGGCCGCUCGCUCCUGCCCAGCCCGCGGCGCGGGUGGAGGGGGGCGGGGAGGGGGUCGGGCGCGCGAGAAGAACUUGGAACUGUGUGGAGGAACCCGGCGCCCAUGAGAAAGGGGGAAAAGAAAACAAAGUGGAGCCUGCGGGAGAGGCUCGGCCGCGGUGACUGUGCCGGCUGACGCUCCCGCGGAGGGGCUGGGUCGGGCUUUUUUUUUUUCCCUCCCGUUCUGUCUUCUUUCUCGCUCUCUUUUAAAGCGACACCAGCGCUCCCUUUUCUACUAUCUCUGUAUCACCGAACCCUUGCUGGCGCUUAUGGGCAUGAAACACUCCUCCCGCUGCCUGCUCCUGAGGAGGAAAAUGGCGGAGAACGCUGCCGAAAACACCGAGGUGAGCAGCCCCCCCGUGCAGCCCCCUCAGCCUGUGGUCCCAGCCAAGCCUGCACAGUAUGUCCAUCAUGUGUCCACCCAACCCAGCUGCCCAGGACGGGGCAAGUUGUCCAAGUUGCUGAAUCCAGAGGAGAUGACCUCGCGAGAUUAUUACUUCGACUCCUACGCCCACUUUGGGAUCCACGAGGAAAUGCUGAAGGACGAGGUGCGGACCCUCACUUACCGGAACUCCAUGUACCACAACAAGCACGUGUUCAAGGACAAAGUGGUGCUGGAUGUUGGGAGUGGCACCGGCAUCCUUUCCAUGUUUGCUGCCAAAGCAGGGGCCAAGAAGGUGUUUGGGAUUGAAUGCUCCAGUAUUUCUGACUACUCAGAGAAGAUCAUUAAGGCCAACCACUUGGACAACAUCAUCACCAUAUUUAAGGGUAAAGUGGAAGAGGUGGAGCUGCCUGUGGAGAAGGUGGACAUCAUCAUCAGCGAGUGGAUGGGCUACUGUCUAUUCUAUGAGUCAAUGCUCAACACGGUGAUCUUUGCCAGGGACAAAUGGCUGAAACCUGGAGGGCUUAUGUUUCCAGACCGGGCAGCUUUGUACGUGGUAGCAAUCGAAGACAGACAGUACAAGGACUUCAAAAUCCACUGGUGGGAGAACGUCUAUGGCUUUGACAUGACCUGCAUCCGGGAUGUUGCCAUGAAGGAGCCCCUGGUGGACAUUGUGGAUCCAAAGCAAGUGGUGACCAAUGCCUGUUUAAUAAAGGAGGUGGAUAUUUACACAGUCAAGACGGAGGAGCUGUCCUUCACGUCCGCCUUCUGCCUGCAAAUUCAGCGCAACGACUACGUCCACGCCCUGGUCACCUAUUUUAAUAUUGAAUUUACCAAGUGCCACAAGAAAAUGGGGUUUUCCACAGCCCCUGACGCCCCCUACACCCACUGGAAGCAGACCGUCUUCUACUUGGAAGAUUACCUCACUGUUCGGAGGGGGGAGGAGAUCUACGGGACGAUAUCCAUGAAGCCAAAUGCCAAAAAUGUGCGAGACCUCGAUUUCACAGUAGACUUGGAUUUUAAGGGACAGCUGUGUGAAACAUCUGUAUCUAAUGACUACAAAAUGCGUUAGCACACGUGGGAAGCUGCAGAGAGCGAGCAAAAGAACCUCUGACCUCCAUCUGCGGCUCUGUCACAAGGAAUACUGUUUGCAGGACUACACGCUCGAAACCGAGUUUAAAACUCCGCCUUGAAGAUUGGUGGACUCUCCAGGGCUCCCGUGGGCCCUGCCACUGGACAGAGAGCCCCAGCCCCUCAGCUCUGCCCUGAGAGCGCUUCACCAAGGCUUUGCGGUCGCAGACCAAGAGUGACCCGUGUGCUGUGGCUGGGCCUCCAAGGAUGGAAAAGUACACGUGUAUACCCAUUGUCCUCCUUAACUGUGAAUCUCUGGAUCUUCCAAGUUUUGCAUGCUGCAGGCAUCUAGGACAGAUUGCUUCAUAGAACCUGGAGACAUAGUGUCUUUGAUAGCAUAAGCCAGAUUGUCUGUCUGUGCGGUGGUGUGGGUGCUGCGCGCGGACAGCAUAUACAUUAGUCCCUUUACCCACCACGCCUGUAUAUGCAUGCAUAUACAACCAAGUGGGUGCCCUCUGUGUUCAUCAGGGUGUGUGUGUGUGUGCGCGUGUGUGCGUGCGUGUGCAUAGACUAUAUAUUACUCUCAGAGGAGAUUCUGUUGCUUUCGAAUAGGAACUUGUUUUGUGAUUAGUUCUCCACUUCCCUGUCCCUGGCCAGAUGUUAAGCGGCUAUGAAAUGUACUCUGUGCCAGCCCUGGUCUCCUUUGGACUAGACCAGGGCUCUGAACCCUGAGCAUCGUGCCCGCACUCUGUGGGUGCUCAAUAAAUGCACAUGAGA